AUGUUCAACAAGACAAGCGCCCUCCUGCUCUUGACACUCUUCUCGACACAGAUAUCCAGCGCGCCCACCCCCCAGCAAGACCCAGCGUCCGCCUUCCUCCCCAUCCAAUACAUCUGCCACCAUGUGUACCCGUCAGACCUCACAAUCGUCAACUCGCGGUACCCCUCACCGGGCAGCGAGCGCCUACACGGCAGCACAAGCAUGUUCAUGCUGCGACGACAGCGGGCCAACGAGGGCGAAAUCGCCACGCGUGUGCAGUUUACAGGGCUGCCGCUCAUCCUGUCCAACUACACGUGUCGUCUGGAAUUCGUGCUUCCGCGCGAGGAUUUGCAGCGCAUUGCGGGCGCGAACCCCAGUUUCCACGUGUACCAGGUUACGCGCGAGGCGGGCGCUGUGGCGACGUGGGAGACGUACGAGGGGAAUGGGAAUGCGUCGUUGUUUGGGACGGUGAAUGGCGAGGAGGAGGCUCUGAGGCGGACAAAGAGUGUCAGUGGGGUGGCGGCGGUGAAAGAGACGGCGUGUAAUGAGACGCUGACGUUCCAGAUGGGGCUGAUGUACGAUGGUGAGUAUACGCCAAAUUACUGGCAGUUUUUGAAUGUUGGGCCGCCGGCGUAUCCUGUGCAGGGGUUCAGGAUAGCGUAUGGCUGCUGA